AUGGUAACUCGGAAUAGUUGGAUUUUGAAUGGGUUGUUGGGUGGGGGUAGGAAGAAGAGUCGGUUGGAUCGGAGUAAAUUGUGUUUAUCUUAUGUACUUGGUUUAUGUCCGCGGUUGGUUUUGAGUGGGACGGCUUAUCAGAUGGGGAGGUGUAAUUUAGAGCAUAGUUGGGGACGAGUGGAGGACUUACGGAGUCGGGAUAAGUUAGUGGUUAGUGAGAGAUUGGGUGGAGAGAUAAGAAGUAUCUUAUCUAAGAUUAAGAAAAAUCAAAAUUUAAAAAGAACCGAUAUAAGUGAGUAUCUUAAGUUAGAGGAAGAGUUAGUACUGCAUAGGAUUAAUGGGCGUAAAUGGCUGGUGAGAAUUUGGGAGGCUAAAUUAGAAGGAGUAAAGGAGAGUUAUGAGAGAAGGAAAGUUCCAUAUUUAGCCUGUAAUUCAUGUCCGGAAUUGAUGCCUUGGAGUCCAGCUAAGCAAGCAGUGCAUUUGCGAAGUAAAGUACACUGUGCCUUUAUCAAAAUGGCCCAGAUCUUACCUACUUUACCUUAA